CAUACAUGGAACCGCGUUCAUUUGCUUCCGUUGUGCAUCUUAAAAUACUCAGGAGAUAUAAGACAGGAUAUGUGUGGCAGGAUUUGCUAGAUGAUGAUCUCAUUACUCCCAUUUCAGACAAUGAGUAUGUACUAAAAGGAUCUGAGAUUUCAUCCAUCAAUGUUAAAGAGUAUCCAUACACAGAGGAAAAGUGUGGUAGUAAUAAAAAAGAUGAGUUAUCUUUAGAAAAUCAGACACAACUAACAGAUGCAUUAGUUGAUGUCUCAACGAAACCGCCGUCUGAAAUCGAGGAAGAAUCGCCUUCUUUUGGGUCGGAGACAUCUACAUUUACAGAUGACUCAGGAAAAGCUGAGAUGGAGAAAAGUUCAGACACAGUUACACAAGAAAAACCAACUGUGAAAGAAAAAGUAAGCCGCCUUGUGCCUUUUUACUCGACACUUUUGAUGAGGAGGAGCAAGAAUAUCGCGGUUGAUGAAAAGAGUGUUGCAUCCACUGCUCCUGAGGCUGAGGCCGGGGCUGUGGCUGUCGAGUCAUGCAAGAACGUGGCAUCAUCGGAGCCUCAAUGCACGAAGAGCAAGAGCAGCAAAUCAAAUUUGCUCAAGAGCCUGAUCACUUGUGGGGAGAUAGGGACGAAGGAUUCCGCGGUCUUACCAGUGAAGACGCAGAACAAGCCUUUGCUGAGCACGUGUUCGAGUGAGGUGGAGAAUGUUCGUUCAGACGCGUUGUGCAGAAGGGAUAGCGGCUUCGGAGGCUCUCAGAGGGUGUUUGGGAAUUUUAAUUGGACUCAGAGAGACUUUAGUAGAAGAAGGAGUGUUGAUGGGAUUGAGGAUUUGAAGUGGAGCUAUAGUAGUAAAUCAGCAGAGCAGAAAGCAGCUUGUGCUGCUGCUUAUAAGCCAAUGAGCGGGCCGAAUUGCUCGCAAUGCGGGAAGGUGUUCAAGCCGGAGAAGAUGCAUGCGCAUAUGAAGUCUUGCAAGGGGAUGAAAGCUAUGUCGAAAUGUGGUGCUGCUGAUAAGCCAUAAAAAAGAAAUGCAAAACGAUCCAAUGCUCUUAGUCUAAAGAUAUGCGAUAUCGAUUUGGGGUUUUAAUUCAGAUAUGUAACAAUCACGUAAGCAUUUUAACAAUUAAGGCAUAGAGUAAUAUAUUAAGGGUAUGAUCAAA